GUGGGGGCCGCGGGGGGCGUUGGGGGGGGGCCGUCGUCCCCCCCCCAACGCGAGCCCCUGGCCGAGUUGGAGCUGGUCACCUACGAGGGAUCGUGGGGGGUGGUGGGCGGCGGUGGUGGCGGGGGCGAGGGCGGCGUCCGGUACGAGACUCAGUCCACGCGCGCCACCGGGAGGUUCGCCCGGGCGGGGCCGCUGCUGGGGGCCGAGGGGGACGUGGUGCAGAUGCACCCGCUGGGGCUGUGCAACAGCAACGGUGACGAUGUCCUCUACGAGUUUGGCUGGGUGGGAGUCAUCAAGCUGGAGCCGAGACACAGCGACCCACACCCCUGCCAGAGCAUACUCAACAAGGCCAAGAGGGCGAUGGAGAGGGGCGCCACGGCGGUCAUCUUUGACGUCACCGACAACGCCGCGGCCGCCGAGCAGCUGAACGAGGAGGGAGUGGAGCCUCUUCCGCGCCCUGUGGUUUGCGUGCGUGGCGGCGAGGCGGUGAAGGUGAUGCGCGUGGUGCAGACGGAGAGACGCGCACGGGCACGCAUCGUGCCACGCACACCGCCGGCUGGGGGCACGGACUACGUGGACGUGGCCAUCUUUGUGUCGCUCUUCCUCGUCGUGGCCCUCGUCUGCCUCCUGCUGCUCGUCAAAGUGAAGCUGGCUCAGCGGCGCAGCCGGACCACCCAGGCUCGCCUCACUGAGGCGGCCAUCCGCAAGAUGGAGACGCUCAAGUACAGGCCGCGACCUCGGAGGGGUCGCGGGGUCAGGGGUCGUGACCCCGGGGGGGGGGGCGGCGGCGGGGGGGUCGCGACCCCGGGCCGGGCCGACACGCCGAGCACGGCGGGGUCCACGUCCGACUGUGCCAUCUGCCUGGACCGCUACGUGGAGGGGGAGGAGCUCCGGGUGGUUCCGUGUCUCCACCGCUUUCAUCGCCGCUGCGUCGACCCGUGGCUCAGCCACCACCACACGUGCCCUCAGUGUCGCCUCAACAUCCUGGAGCACGGCGCCUUCGCUGACGCCCCCCCGGCAGCCCCCCCCUCCUCCCCCCCGUGGCCCCCCACUCCCCGCGACCCCAGUGACCUGGGGGGGCCCCGAGGGGGACCCCCCCUCGGGGCCCCCCGCAGUGGCGGCAACCGCCGGCAGCAGCGGCGGCGGCGGCGGCGGCGGCGGCACGACGUGGGAUAUCGUUAA